AUGGCGCUGGUUCAGCUCCUUGAGCUGCUGGUCGUCGCAGAAGGCCAGAGACUCAUCGUCAUCAUCAGGGGGGCCGUCGUUCAGCCGCUCGACAAGAGAGUCCAUCUCGUUGGAGAGCUUGUCGUCGUCCCAGUCGUGGCCUUGGAUUUGCUCUUGUCCGCCGGAAGAAUGCCCAGCGCCAGCGGUGUUCACCCGUGCAGUGCUGCCGAGAUCGCCUGGAGUGGCAGAAAAGAUGAAAGUACCCCUCUCGCUGGGCCAUAUUCUCGUCUCGGCCUUCAGUGGACCGGGAGGCCCGAGCUUAACGCGGCCCGUUGCCAGUCAGUGACACCGCCCCUUCUCCCCCUCCUCUCCGGCGACCCCUCGAAAAAAAAAAAUCCUCCUCACCGGAGGUUCUCCCCCGCUCCCAAACGCCGCCGUCCAGUCUCGCCCGGGCCCGGCGGAUCGUCGGAGGGUUCGACGCUUAGGGGCCGCCAUGCAGACCCUCCCCUCCUCGCAGCUGCGGCCAGUGCCGGUGCCAGUCCCAGCACCGCCGCCGCCUCGUCCACUCCGCCUCCAAAACCCGCGGCGGGAGCUCCGCAAGUGCCCUUGAGCUCCUCUCAACUCUGUUCCGGUUCUAUUUCCGGUGCUCGGGGUGAAUUGAUUUUCCGAGUCUGUAUUAAGCCGCCGGGUUUGGGGAAUUCCAGGCUCGACGUCGAGGCAAGCAUCGACCAGGGGACAUCAUACUUGGCUGAUGAGCAGCAGAAGGGUGGCAUUUGGGAGCUCUUCAGCGAGGCUCAGCGGAAUAUCCUGUAUCUUCACAAACAGCGGCCUGUGUCCAUGGAGGAGCUGAAGAAAUUGCAGGAUGAAAAUAAAUCACUUCUUCAGGAAAUGGAGAUACUAGAGAUGGAAAGGCAGUAUGCGGUGAAAAACUUUCCUGUUAGCAGAAAAUAAGUAGUUGGAACCAGAAUGUGAAAUUUAAGCCAUGAGUACAGAUAUUCCAAGUAAUGGAUCCAG